ACUCCUUUACAGAUCAAUAGUUCUUCUCUACUAUGGCUUGUUCAUUCCUAUAAUAGAACUCGGAAUAUGAGCAAUAUCUUUUGGAAAUAGAGUUUUAAGGGAAUUUCAGGGGCUUUUAGCUUGGAGGAGAGCCAAGCAGCUUAGUAAAAAUAGUUUACCUUUGAUCCCAGAGUCCUGGUUAUUUCAGCAAAAUGUCGGCUUCAGCGGUAUACAUCCUUGACGUCAAGGGAAAGGUGAUGAUAAGCCGCAACUAUCGCGGAGACAUCGACAUGUCUGCCAUUGACAAAUUCAUGACGUUGGUUAUGGAAAAGGAGGAGGACAGUAACUUGACACCCAUCAUAAUGCAUGGAGAAGUCGCGUUUAUGUACAUCAAGUACAACAACCUCUACCUCGUUGCUACUUCCAAGAAAAAUGCGAAUGUGACAUUGGUUUUCACAUUUUUGCACAAACUAGUCCAGAUAUUUGUUGAGUAUUUCAAGGAGUUGGAAGAGGAAAGCAUCCGAGAUAACUUUGUCAUCAUCUAUGAGCUGUUGGAUGAAGUCAUGGACUUUGGCUAUCCCCAGACAACAGACAGCAAAAUUUUACAAGAAUACAUCACCCAAGAGGGUCAGAAGUUGGAGAUUGCCCCACGACCGCCUCCCGCUGUGACCAAUGCUGUGUCAUGGAGGACGGAAGGCGUCAAAUAUCGCAAAAAUGAAGUGUUUCUGGACGUUAUUGAGUCUGUUAAUUUAUUGGUGAGUGCCAAUGGGAACGUCCUGCGUAGUGAGAUUGUCGGCUCUGUCAAGAUGAGAGUCUUUCUGUCUGGCAUGCCGGAGUUGAGGCUUGGACUCAACGACAAAGUUCUCUUUGAAAGCACAGGAAGAGGAAAGAGCAAGUCUGUGGAAUUGGAGGAUGUAAAAUUCCAUCAAUGCGUGCGCUUGUCUCGGUUUGAAAAUGAUCGCACAAUUUCUUUCAUCCCACCUGAUGGUGAAUUUGAGCUGAUGUCAUACCGGCUCAACACACAUGUGAAACCUUUGAUCUGGGUGGAGUCUGUUAUUGAACGCCACGCUCACAGCAGAGUGGAAUACAUGAUCAAGGCCAAGAGUCAGUUCAAGAGGCGGUCAACUGCCAACAAUGUCGAGAUCAUUAUCCCCGUGCCCAAUGACGCGGAUUCUCCCAAGUUCAAGACCACGGUGGGCAGCUGUAAAUACGUCCCUGAGAUCAACUGUGUUGUGUGGACCAUCAAGUCCUUCCCUGGUGGUAAAGAGUAUUUGAUGAGGGCUCACUUUGGCCUUCCCAGUGUAAUGAAUGAGGAGAUUGAGGGAAAGCCUCCCAUCAACGUUAAGUUUGAGAUCCCGUACUUCACAGUCUCUGGCAUUCAGGUCCGUUACUUGAAGAUUAUAGAAAAGAGUGGCUACCAGGCACUGCCAUGGGUGCGCUACAUCACGCAGAAUGGAGACUACCAGCUGAGGACCAACUGAGCAUGUGUCAAACGACAACGUUCUAGAGCUAGGGGAAGAUGGAAAAAGCAAGUACUGGUUGUGGCAACAGCGUUCAGGAUGAUGCUGCUCUGUGCUGGAAUGUCAGUUAGGGAUGCCACUAUUCUAGAAAGAAAUGUCCAGAAUUUCAGGGAAAAAUGUAAUGUUUUGGAAUGUUCCAGACUUUUGACCCUUAAGACAGUUGAUAUCAUCCCUUAUAGUGCAUCACUUUUUAUUAUUUUUGUAGGAGUUAGCAAGUUCAGUAAUCCUACUUCAAGCGGCAAUCAGAGUUCCAACACAUUAGAACUUGUUGAUGAAAUUAAAGGUUAAUGAGAUGGUGUCAUUAAACAAAUGACAGAUCACACGUAUUAUAUAUAUAUAACUUUCUAUUCUAAACUAGCAGCUUUAAUUUUUUUCUGUUCGCUGAGAUGUUUCUAUAGGAAGUUUUUGGGCAAGAAGUGAUUGUCUGAUCACUAUACAGAACAACCAUCAAAUGUCUGUCUCUUCUCCAUGUAUUACGUUAGAACUGCACAUCUAUCACUCCGUCAGAUUGUGUCCUGUCUGUGGUGAAAGUUUCCCAGGAAUUGCUUCUCCAUGCACUGUUUUAAACUUUUUGUUUCUCGUAUAAAAGUUUCUGUCCCCCCCAAUUUUGAAUUAUUUAAAAAUAUUUUUUAGUAUGCAUCGUCACAUUAAUCUGUGCUGGUAAUAAUUUUUGAGGGAUGAUGGUAAUGCAGUGUGUUGUGGAAAUCCUACUGUGUAUAUGUGGCACCCCCUGACGACAUGUAUCACACCAGAAAUUAAUUUGAAAUGAUUGAUAUGAUUCAAAUGAAGCUCAGGUAAUUUCAACCUGACACAAUACCUGAUCAAGGGUUGUUGUUCAUCAACUGCACUUAUAAGACGGCAGGCAUUGUUUGCCAUAUGGAGAGAUAUUAAGCAAAAAGAAUAUAUAUGUUUGAAGUUUCCCUGUGCAAGAAUGAUCAGGUGUUUGAAGUCCAACGUUGUCUUGUUGUAAAGUGUGAUCAGUUUUGCCAGGUUUGUGGAAAGUUCUUUUGAAUGCAUUUGUUGUGAUUUGUGGCAAUGGUUUGUUCCAUUGUGUCAAGUUUGCAAUGUUCAUCAUUGAUGCAGUUCAAUGUACAUAAUAAUGUAUAAUUGUUUGUAUGAAGGUGUUUCUGUUUAACCCUAAUUUUACAGCAAGUUAGGUGUCUUUGCUUUUUCCAUUUCUGAAUACUCUGUUGAAAGUAUUGUAUCUAGAAAGUAAAAAUGUAUUGGGGAAAUAUGAUGAUAGCCCUGGUUAUAUUACUGUAGUAUUUUUUUGGUUUUCUGCAAGUUGUCUGAUGGUGAUAGCUGUAUGGUCUAUGUGAUGGGUUUGUUGACUUUUUCUUCUUGGAUUGAGUACUUUGUUGUGGGUGAUGUUUUGUACCUAAUUACAGAAAAUGUUCUAGACUGAAAGGUGUUUAUAUGUGUACUGGCAUUGGAAAGUUUUAUACUGUUAAAGAAAGUCCUUGGAUAAAUGAAAUAGGUAGAUUGUAAUUUCUGUUUAUGGUGGAGCUUUAGAAAAAAGGCUAUAUAAUUGGAGGUCAGGCUCUGUUGAUACAAAGUCUUCUUUUGACUCACAUUUAGAAAAUUGGUACGAUUUCCAGUCUGGCUUUUUAAAAAAAACAUGUUAUUUGGGAGCUUGAGCGAAAGGAAAGGUUACAGUGGUUAGUCUUUAACAUACUUUAACCAAAGUAUACUGGCAUGAAUCAAAAUUAUCCUCAAAAUCGAUUAAUUUAAAAAUGUACUUUUCUAGACAAAGAAAAGCAUUUCGCAUUUGUGAUGACCAAUCCUUUUGUUCAGCAGCCAAUCCUUUUGUUCAGCAGCUUGAAAGCUUGGAAUCAGAUGAUGUACUGUAUGCAUUUUUCAGAUCAAUAUACUAUAUUAUGUUAAAUUGUCAUAAGUUAUAAGUACAUAUGCUUUGUUUCUAUUCCGUUUCAGUAAUGUAGGCUCUGUCGCUCAAGAAGUUUAUUUCACUAACAUAUUGGGAACUAAUUUUUUAGAAUUGUUCAAUAGAACUUUAAUUUAUUGCAUGUUGAGACUUGAAAGACGUGGAUGUGGUUUUGUCAGUCCCAUGAUGAUGUCAAAGACUCAAGCUUGUUUCUAAUUAGUGCUUGUCUGCAUGCUGCCUUUACUAGACAACUGUUUGGAAUUUACCAAAGCAUGCGUUGGGAAGUGAGAAUCUGUUCUUAAAGUUGCCAUUGCUACCAUAACUGAUUAUAAGUUUAUUGUUUGACAUUUUCUUUUUUUGCUUUGAUAUUACGUUUUAGCGAUAACACAUUUUGAAUAUUAUGGAUUUUGAAGAAUAGUAUUGAUGGUGAUGCUAUUGAUCAUACAAAAUGAUUGAGGACAAGUGAAUGUAAAGCUUGUAAUAUUUUAAACCUUGCAAAAAACCAGGUGUGUAAAUGUUGAGCUGAAUAAACAAUAAACUUGAAUAAAGUUUGCAAGAAGGUCAGGUUUCUUUGGAUGGCUGUUUAAGUACAACAUGCUUUGACAUGUUGUCGAAACCGUCACUUUUUUUCAGUACUGAUGAAGGGCGGAUUUACUCUUUUUUUUUUUAAUGCACUUGUGUCCACUGUGAGGGGUAAAUAACUAUCAAACAAAUUAGCUCACAAUUUUACAGACUGUUAUUUUUCUUUUUCCAAUAGAUUGAAGAAAGAAAAAAGACACGGGUGUAACACUCUCUAUUUAUUCAUGACCUUGUAUCUUUAAUUCAUGCAACAUUCAGAGUUUUGGUUCACACUGCUUCAUGUAUACUCGAAUGUUUUAUUUGAGAAAAGAUGUAAAUGGUUUGUGAUCUUGCAAUAAAACAUUCCCAGUAUCAUG